GUGGUUCGAUUAUGUUGAUUCAAAUUUGUAACCGUUUUGUCCCAAUCGAGUAGCUCGGGUUGAUCCGAUUAGUUACCGGUCUCGCAGGUACAUUUUCUAAAAAUAUUAUUCUGUUUGAAGAAAAUCUGCAUUGCCUAAUAUUUGUUUGGUAGAAAAAGUGUUUUAUUCGUUACAUAUCAAAGUAAACGUGAAAGUGAACUAAAGUGCUCACACAAUGUCCAACGACAGUCAGUCGUCCGAAGGGGAGGAGUGCCCCAUAUAUGUCGGGACGCCUACAAUCGGAGAAGUGAAAGAAUAUCUCCGACGAUUACAGAGAAUGCCCAUUGACCAACAAAUGGACAUAACUUCGGAGACGGACGAUUCGUUCGAUAUGGACGACAGUUUCCAGGCGAUGAUCGAACGCAAACGACUACAGAUGAUGGUUUCGAAGCUCAGCAAAGACGACAUCACAUCGUCGGGCGAGGUUACCUCCUCGAGCUCGCUGCAUUUAUCAGCGGAAUCAAGAGGCGUAGAUGCCAGCAGAAAUAGCAGUAAAUUUCGUGGAAAUGAUUCGACCUUUAUCGAGCACGAUUCCAUGCAUAAAACAACCGAUGAAAGCUUCGAACAGAUGGAAAGGCUAUGCUCGAUGAAUAUGAGUAAGUUUGGAAUACAGCAAAACGAUGAGGAGGAAGAGGCUAUUCGGAAAAUUUUGGAGAGUUCUAAGAACAAACAAAAAGGAGGAGGGGAUGAAACCACGGAAAAAAAUAGUUCAGGUUUCCAAAACGACUCAACGGAAUUCGCAGAAGUUACUCAGCUGGAUGAUGUAGAAGAACCUUCAUGUCUUUGGGAGAACACAAUCCACCAGGCUGGUCCGAUGAGCAAGGCUCUAUCCCCUGUGAAACGAAUGCACAUGCUUCGACCGUCUACGAUUUUGGAAGAAGCUACUAUCAACGAGACAACCGUUGCUGAUAUGGUUUCGAAAAAUACUUCUCUGGAAAGUUACAUCACAGCGAAGCAGAAUUUGAACGGAAGUGAUGAUUGCUCUAUAAUCACAGAAAGCGAAGUAUAUGGUACGGCAGAUGAAGGCAACGAUGAUCUCACAAAAAUGUCACCCAUUAAUAGUACAGCGGAUUCUGCUGUUGGGUUUGAUGCAACAACAACUGAACAAACUAGACUGGAGACAAAAUACGUACCGAUACAUAUCGAUGAAGAUGAAGAUGCCGAAGAGGUUAUUGUUUUAAGCUCGAGUGACAGUGAAUUAGAGGAGGAGCAAAGUUCGAUUGAUAGUGGCAAAGCAGACAGCCGGAAGUUAGAAACCGGAAGCAUGUUCAACAAUAGCGACAGCUUGCAGGAAAACUCGUUGUGCCAGGAAGAGAGCAUUGAAGAAGAAAUGCCGGGAUCUCCGAUUUUAGAUGCCAUACCGGAUUUCAACGAUACAAUGGAGGAAAUGGAAUUUAUGAUGCGCCAGGGGAUGAAAAUCCUCCAACAGCAGAAAGCUCAACAACAAUUAGCAGCAGAGAAACCUAAACAAACUCCAGUCAAUGUUAAGAAUGCUUUGACUGUAAGUUCGCACACCACCCCGGUGACCCCCAUUAGCCCAAAUCGGUAUUUAAAACCAAAACAGUUCACAAAUUCCAAUGCAAAACAGAAUCUAUUUUCACAUAGCACAAGCAAUAAACCCAAGUCCGCCCAGAAGCCUUCUUCCGCGCCAUCUACCGGAUCGAGCAGUUGUGGUACAUUCAAGAAACCUGUGAGUCGUUUCCCGCUUCCCAAGUCGGCUAAAAAAUUCAACCACGUCGUUUCCCCGAUCGGUGAAUACAUCAAGAAAACCCCCCAAACACUUCUUCAGGCCAAAAUUUUCUGUCCCAAUCGCAACUUAAUCGACGUGCUUCACAAUAAAAACGACAAUCGAGACAGUGUCAAGAGUUCGAAAGAGAACCUGCACCAGGAAGUGGACUCAGAAGGCUACAGCUCGUCGUUACCUCGCAAAGGGGUUGUGAGUUCACGGGGUGCUCAUGUUCUAGACGAACGCAAUCCGGUUCGGAUUCCGGGCGGCGAGAAAAUGCACAAACUGCUCAAUAACUCGCCCACCUUGGUGGUCCGCCACGAAGGAAGACUAAAGUACCAACGAGAAACUCAGCUAACGGAAGACAGCGUCGUGGACGACAGCUUGGCCGAUUUAUCGCUCGCAUCUGGUGACAUUUCGGUUCGCGUACUGAAGGAUGUCCGCCGGUUCUGAUAAGAGUGCUAUUUGGAAGGUAGUCUUUACUUCACAUGUCGCAUAAAUUUAAGUUCUACGAAGAUGAUGUACUCAGUUUGUGUGCAUUUCGGUUUUUUAUUAUCUCGUGGAAAUGUUUUAAUAAUAUAGAUGUAAACUAUACUAUACCUUCA